UCUCCCGGGCAACAGCCCCUCCCGCCCGCGCCCCUUCGUUCUCCUCACAGGAAGUAGGUCCAUGUUCGCCCACCGCCCGCGAUCAGCAAGCUACGAGCCCACGAGUUAGUCGUGGAGACAGAGUCUUGUUCCGGAUGUUAGGAACUGGUCACCAGGAUUGCUGGAGGUCAUCGUCACAUGUGUCUUGCUUGCACUAGUCUUACUCCGAGCCUCCUCGUUUGCUAGAUUCAGUGCCCGUUCGGACUUCCGCCAUCACAGAUGGCAGCAAAGCCCCCGCCUCCCGGCAUCUUGCAGGCGGCAGCGCGGCACCCCGCCGAGCCCUGGUCUUCUCACCCCGUGUACGCGAGAUACUGGCGACACUAUCAUCAGGCGAUGGCGUGGAUGCGUAGCCACCACGGUGCCUACAGGAAGGCCAUGGAGUCUUACUUCGCCGGCCCCUGGUCCCUCCCGGCCGUGGCGCCGCCCAGGAGCUCCUGCGCCAACCGGGCCGGGCCCCCUCGGCCGCCUCGUGACCGCCCGCCUGGCCUCCCGGACUCGCGCCGCGGUCACUCGCACGCCAGGAGGCCCGGGCAGCGUCCGCGGCCCGCGCGGGACGAGGCGGACGCCGAGUCGGACGGGGGCGUGGAGUGCGACCUGAGCAACAUGGAGAUCACCGAGGAGCUGCGCCAGUACUUCGCCGAGACCGAGCGGCACAGGGAGGAGCGACGGCGGCAGAAGCAGCUGGACGCCCAGCGCCUGGCCGACUACGUGAACGCCGACCACGGCCUGUACGACGGCACCCGGCGCUCGGUGGAGCCCCCCUCCGAGAGGCCCGGCGAGCGGCGCCAGGCCCGGAUGACGCGCCUGUACGGGGCCAGCGCCGCCAAGAUCCAGGCCAUGGAGGCCGCCGUGCAGCUGAGCUUCAACAAGCACUGUGACAGGAAGCAGCCCAAAUACUGGCCGGUCAUUCCGCUCAAGUUCUGAGCCGCGGCCGCAGCGCGCCCACCCACCACCCGCUUCCCUUCGCGUUCCCUAAACCUCUCCCGCGCGUCGUCUCAGGGAAACGUCUCUGGGCCUGAGAAAUAGGCACGUUCACCAAAGUCCCAGGGGGCCCAUCGGAGGGGUGCCGUGUUGGCCACUUGAAGUCGGCAAGACAGGUACCAUCGCCAUGUAGUUUACACUUGAUUUUGAGGUUAAUCAUCGUGUUCAGUUAGUUCAUUAAAGUCCUCAGAGAUAUUGCCUAGUGA